GAUGGUCUUGUUAGAGUUGGGAAGGAGCAGAGUGAGGACAGAAUGUACUUGCAAAUGGCAUUUCUCCUCCAACCUCAAUUGCUAUGUUUUCCCUUCAGGCAUGCGGUCUGCAGAAGCUGUUUGCUGUGGAUGAGGAGUUUGAAGACGAGGAUUUCUUGUCUGCUGUGGAAGAUGCAGAGAACCAGUUUGCUGGCUCAGGGCCCGUGAAUGCUGGGUGCCUCCGACCUGCCUCUUCCAGGCCGCAGGACACGGUGCAGGCACGGUCUUCGGGGCAGCCGCCAUCAUGCCCUACUGCUUCCUCAGAGGCUCUGGACCUACCAGCCCUGGGACUCCGCCUUCCUACCUCCGGCAGGGGUGCCGCUUCCACAGGAACAGCCCUCCUAAGGCCUGUCUCCACUUCCAGCAACUGGACUGGCAGUCAGAGAAGAGUGACACUGACAGAAGUGCUCAAAGAACCAGCAAGACCACAGUCCUCAGCCUCCCACCCCCUGCUUACCUUUGAGAGCAAGCAGCAGGUGAUUGGUGGCUUCGAGGGACCUGAGCAAGAUGAAUUUGAUAAGGUCCUGGCAAGCAUGGAACUGGGAGGGCCUGGCAUGGAGCUGGAACUUGGAGUUAACAGUGAGGCAACAGGAAUCCUGCCCACCGGGCAGCAGGAAGACUCGGUAUUGACUAAAAAGGCUCGGGUGGCUGCUCUGAGCAGAUCUUGCCAAAAGGGCCCCAUGCCUGCCACCCACAUAACUGGUAUCACAUCAGCCCAGGGGCAGCCUCCAGAUCCUGCCGUCUACUGUAGGACUCCACAGCCCCACUUGAGGACGGGUGCCAUGGGUAACCUGCCUAUCCCAACUGCCUCGACACUUCCCGCUCAGCAAACCCACUGGGAAGUCUGCCCCAAAGCUUCCCCAGUUCGAGGACCCCAGCCUCUCCAAGCUACUGGGAGGCCUGUUCAGAGCAGCCCUCAAAAUCGUGUCCCCAGUCAGCCAUUCCAAUCUCCAAAUGCCCACUUAAGUGGCAAACCUAAUUUUCUACGAACUCCCAACUCGAGCUGUUCUACUCUCUCAAGGACCGGCUCUGGAUUCUUCCCUCGGGGGCCCUUACAACCCCGAGCUCCACUGUCUUCAAUUGAGUCUCCUGUCAGCACCCCCAAGGGUCCCCAAGCAGCUCUGCAGACACCCAUAGUCACCAACCACCUGGUACAGCUGGUCACUGCAGCCAACCGGACACCCCAGCCGCCCACGCGCACUCCCACCCGAGCCCAAACACGCCGCUUCCCUGGCCCAGCAGGGAUCCUGCCGCACCAAUUCAGUGGGAAGAAUCUGGAGGAGAUCAUGGUUUCCACGCCCCAGACUCCGACUCAUGGUGCUCUGGCUAAAUUCCGGACAGAGAUUGUUAGUAGUUCCCAGACAUCCGUGGAAGAGGAUUUCGGGCGAGGGCCCUGGCUGACCAUGAAAUCUGCUCUGGGCCUGGAUGAGAGAGACCCCACCUGCUUCCUCUGUACCUACAGCAUCGUCAUGGUGCUGCGGAAGGCAGCCCUGAAGCAGCUUCCCAGGAACAAGGUGCCGAACAUGGCAGUGAUGAUCAAGUCCCUGACUCGGAGCACGAUGGACGCCAGCGCGGUUUUCAAGGACCCCACGGGGGAGAUGCAGGGCACGGUGCAUCGGCUGCUGCUCGAGACCCGCCAGAAUGAGCUGAAGCCCGGCUCCGUGCUGCUGCUAAAGCAGAUUGGAGUGUUUUCUCCUUCGCUCCGAAACCACUACCUCAAUGUGACGCCCAACAACCUGGUCCAUAUUUACAGCCCAGAUUCUGGGGAUGGGAACCUCCUCAGGUCAUCUCAGCCCUUCCCCAAGGAGCCAGGUAGCUUCCAUGGCAGCCUCCAGCAUGAGACUGCAAAGCCUGGGGAAGACCUCAGAGCAGCACAGAACCCAGAGGCAGGGGCAUUCCCGCAAGAAGUACCCCCGGAAGCAGAUGACCUGGACGGACUCCUGAGUGAGCUCCCUGAGGACUUCUUCUGUGGAACCGGCACAUGGGACCCCCCGAAGGCAGGGCACCCACCAUGAGCAGGCAGCCUCUGAGCGUCAGGCAAGGCUCUGGUGUCUGAUCAUGCCCAAGGGGAGGAAGAUCAGCAUGAUCAGAGAUCGGCAAAGCUCGGGACUUCUGUGGUUGCUCCCACCUGGAUGCCUUCCCCGAGAACACCCUUGUCCCUUGGAAUCUGCACUGUCGUCACUUUGGGUCUUCGUGGGCAUACCAGAACUCGGCCCAAGACUGGCUCUCCUGCCCUGCUGUCUGCCAGGCCCUGGGCGCAUCGUUGUGCUCCUGCCAACAGGGAAGGUGUGUCGCCCUCCCACCUCAUCUUGACUUUGCAGGACGUUGGAUCUGGUUGGUCCCUUUACUCCUUAGUCCCUGUACAGCUGAGGAGCGGGGAGGAGCCACACCACAGCCGUGGCGCUCUGUCCCUGUGGACAGGGGAGGAGCACUCAGACUUCCCUCUGCUUUGUCUCUGGAGGCCUGUAGCUGCCCAGCUUACCUGUGUCCGAGGUUCACAGGUGCGGGGCAAGGGGCGUGGCUGUGGUAUCUUGUUCUGAAAUAAAGCAGCUGCCUGU